UUUUAUACCGAAUUGGCUGAAGCGUAGGUUCUACCUAGUUAUUGACAUGAUGGAUAGGAAACGGUGGAAUGAACUUCCUUGCAUGCUUCUGACCUUAGCUUUGUCCAAUUGGAUGUAAAUUUCGACCCUUCGCACGCUUAAGCACAGCGGGACGUGAUAUUAGAAUGACGUCACACACUCUAUGAGUCUUUCGAGGGAUCGAAGAAGUCUCAGUUGUUGGGGAAAAUCUGUUAUGACUAAAACGCUCUCACAGUGGAAAAUUUAAUUUGGUUCGCUCGAUUCAUCUCCCUUGCAACUGUUUGAAGCUCGCCUAUAACACCUCAAAAGAACAUUUCUACCACAAGAGACAAAGGUAUCUUAAAAAUGUUCAAGCGGAUAGUUUUGGUGACCGUGUUAGUUCUGAGUAUCGGCUUCUUUCUCCAAAUUGCAGAAGCAAGACGUGCUGCCGGGCAAGGAUUUUGUUACAAGAAGUACGUUAAAAAAACUGGAGAAUGCAAGGGAAAAGCGAAAGUAUUCAAGCAACAGAAAGUCGAUUGUUGUUCAAAUGGUGGCGCAGGGUGGAGCUCUAAAAGAAAAGGCAGGCAAAGCUGUGAGCCUUGUAAGACUUCUAAUAGAGUAACAAGUUACUGGGGUCCAUGGAGUGCGUGGAGUAAUUGCAAUGCGACGUGUGGUCCUUCAUUUCAAGUCAGUAAAAGACAAUGUAUCUCUAAUGGAAAGCCAAAAUGCCGGGGACGAGGAGAGAAAUUAAAACGCUGUGGUACACCACCAUGUCCAAUCGAUGGAGGUUGGUCUGAUUGGGGUAACUGGACAAGGUGCUCGGUGACAUGCGGGAAUGGCACCCAAACACGAACUAGGACCUGUACCAAUCCUCCUCCACAGUUUAAUGGCAAAGAUUGUCAGGGGAAACUGGAAGAUGGAAGAUCUUGCAUGGAUCGGAAGAAAUGCCCAAUUGACGGGGGCUGGGGCGAUUGGAGCAACUGGUCAGGAUGUAGCUUGACGUGUGGAAUUGGAACAAGACAACGCGAGCGGAAGUGUGACUCACCAAUGCCUCAGUUUGGUGGCAAACACUGUGAUGAAAGUGAAAGAAUUGAAGAAAAACACUGCAGGGAACAAAGGUGCCCUGUUGAAGUAUCCUCAGGCUCUGGUUCAGGAGAUGGCUGGGAAAGUGGUUAUGGAUCAGCAUCCGGCGGGUCUGGGUCUGGGUCUGGGUCUGGGUCUGAGCCAAACGAUGGGUGGGUAACCGGGAGGAAAAAGAGGGCCUGGAGCGACGAUGAGGACUUAUGAGUGACAGAUAUUAUCUUUACGCUGUAAAAGUCCAUAAGAAUUUCUUCAUGGAACAUUUUAGCGAUCGUUUCUUUUCUUAUCGUUCUAUAGUGAGAAAUUUUCUUUUUUAAAAAUCAUAUGGGGGGUUGUCAGUGACGAUCCGUUACAUAGGUAGCAAAGGGUCAUUUGAGACUUUUUUCCCCUUGAAAAUUUGUCAACCAAUGGCAUAAAGGUUUGAAGUAAUGUAUUAGCCCCAGAGCUGAAACUUAGAGAAUAUUUUGGUUUCUUAAGUUAUAUUUUGUCUAGAAGAUAUGUAAACACCAUGGCUAAAAAAAUUACCAUCCAUGUAACAGCGAUCAAAAUUUUCAUAUUUUCAAAAUGUGUCAACUUUUUACCCAAGCCUGAGAUUUUGUGAACAAGUUUUGUCGUGUUGAAGGAAAUGAAUGGUACAAAUUCCUCGAUAAACUCUACUUUACCCUUCAAAACGUUGGUAAUUUGAUCGUUUUCUGUUAAAACUGAUUGAGCAACAGCAACUUCUUAUGCGACAUAUCCAAAGAAAUGUAACAGAAGAAAUCUAAGAUUUAAUCUCAGACUGUAAAGCUCGAUUUCGUUAGAAAAAUGACGAUAUUUAGCUUAGGUUCUCCAAUAAGGAAAGAGUUUAUUUGUCUUCAGAAUAUGAAGAGUGACUAGAAUAUUUGACACAAAAUCUUGAGCUCGUUUACAAUUUCUGAUGAAGCUUGAGAAAUGGUUCACUGAAUUAUUUUUAUAGGUUUGCACGAGUCUCUCUCGUAUGAUCAUGUUCCUACUGAUUAAUUUCCUACUGAUUAAUUUCAAAGCGUUGUAGAGAUGUUCCUUAAAUGGCAGACUGCCUUCUUGAAGCUUGAAGAAAUAAAAUAUUUUCAGGCAAAUUAGCCACCA